AUUCGUGUCCCUUUCUCAGCGCAGCGCUACUCGAUAAAUCGCGCACUCGUCCACUGAAAGGAAGCGUCCGUCAACACAGCCCCCAAGUCAGUAUUGAUAUCGCAUCCAGAAGCGGCAUAGAAGGGCUGUCAAUGGAAGACACCCGCUGCAUGGACUCUGGACUCUCGAUCGAUUGUUUGCUUGCCCGCACGACCUUCCACCUCCUCCGACCCCACAUCCACGCAAAUUCAGACGGCCGCGGCGAGUCCUUUUAUACACUCAGGUGUGCGGCCAUGAGCGACAUGCGCGCGCCAUCCUUCACCUCUACCGCUACACCACCCAUCAAAGCGGCUGAUGUCUCCUCCGGCUCUGCUGAUGAUGCCAGCAGCAGCAGCUCGAAGCGGGAAAGAUUGGCCGAUGGCGCUGCUCAGAGUCGGGGUCGAGUUCGAGAUCGAGUUCGAGAUCGAGUUCGAGAUCGAGUUCCCUUGGCAGAGAUUGCACUUCCACUCGCAGCAGCGAUGCGGCAGGACGCGAUGCGAUGCACCGCUUCAAGCUCUUCCUCUGCUGAUCACGAAUCCAAAGCGCGCCACCAAACGCCAGCUGCAUACUCCAACGCUUCAUCCUCCUCAGCGAGCGGCAAGUAUAGUUCACGUGCGAGGGCGCGAGGCUCGGAUGGCAAAGUAGCAGAGCGAAGCUUGAAUCAUCGCUCCGCAACCGCGUCCGCCGCGGCCUCGCGCUCGGGUUCGGCUUCGGCUUCGGCUUCGAGCUCCGAGUCGGAUCGCGCAGCUCGAGAGCACGUUUCCCAUCGUGCAAGAUCCCUCUCUUCUCCUCGCAAAAAACCCAACGUCGCUUCUCCGCUGUUGUUGGAUGCGACCAGAAUAGCGAGGGAUUCGAGAAGAGCUGCGGCGCGCGCAACGGGGCAUGAUGGGAUUGGUGCAAGCAGAAGCGAUGAGAGCAGUAGUCGGCAUGCAGAAUUGAUGAUGCCCACGCCCACGCCCACGCCCGCGCCCGCGCCCACGCACCUCGACGCCCUGCACCCGCACAGCAUCCCGACGACGAGCAGUUCGCCGUCUCAUCGUUUGCUCUUUGAGGCCGCUAAAAUCGGCGCUCGGCAGCAGGGCGCGUCCAGCUCCUCCACCUCCUUGCACUCUUCAGCGCCGAUCGCGCCAGCAUUGGCAAGCACUGACAGAUCAAAUGCACCACGCUGCAAAGGCAAGCCCGACGAUGUGUUUGGCUCCAACGACGAAAUGUUCCACCUCGGCUCGAACUUGACCGAGAGCCCCAAGACACCGCGCAGCCACGCCUCCUCUCCCUCGCUUUCGGGUGCAGAUGAGGUGCGCACGGCGCACGCGCCCUCCCGCGCACCCGCCUCACUACCGCGCAAAGCUCAACGCGUCGCGCGUUCCGCACAAAAAGUCCGAGCAUCGCAAGAGGGCUCGAAUGCGAGUGCGAAUGGCAACGGCGAUGGCGAUGGCGAGGGCGAGGGCGGUGAAGCGGAUGGAAAAGCGCUCUUGUUGCUGCUGCUCGCGCAACCGCAUAGUCCGAGUCCUCGGAAGGAAAAGAGGUCUGCGAGAAGAAGGGAUGCGAGGAGAGGAAGCGAUUUCGUGCUUUUGAAUCCACGCUCUGGUGCUGGUUCGUCGGAGAGCAGCGAAGAAGAACGAGAAGAGGAGCCGCAAGUGAGCCCGAUGAAGCUCAAAUUUGAACGUCAAAGUCCUCCUGCUGCGCCUCGCAACGAUCGAGCACAGGUGGAUCCUACAAAGGUGGAUUUCGUAGUCUAUCAGGAUCCUCCCGAGCAGUCUUUCGCUUCCUCUUCUCCACGCUCCAGAGAUGAGAGCUCGAAGCGGAGCGCAGAGCAAGGCGAUGACUCGGAAAAAAUCGAAGGGCAACGGCAAAGGGCGGAGGAAGAUGAAGGUCUGAAUCGCAACGCAUGGUCGGAUGAAAAUGUCCCCCCGCCUAUGCCGCCGCCUGACCUUGCUUCUGUGCUCGACAUCCUGAAUGCGGACGGGCUAGAGCGCAGUGGCGCCGUGCUGGAAAGGAGGCGCGAGGAGAGAUGCGCGGGCACAGAGGGUCCUAGCUCAGAUGCGUACGUGGACGCGCCAACGCGCGCUUCUCCACACGUAGAUGCUGAUCGUGUUGGCAACACCUCGACAAAGGCUAGCAGCAGCCACCUGCAUUACGCCCACGCGCACGCGCACGCAAAGUUGCCGACGAGAAGAAGGGGCACGGGAGGCAGGUUGAGCUUGUUGGCGGAUGCUGCUGCUGCUGCUUCCGUCGUCGCUGGCUCUAGCACUGCUGGCGGCCAUCAUCUUGCUUGCGAAGAUGCAGCUGAAGCUGGAGAUGAUGGAGGAGGAGGGAGCAGCAGCAGCUGCAAAGGAGACGAAUAAAGAGUAUUUAGCCGCGAGCGGGCGGGCGAGCGAGGCCAGGCAGGGUUCGGUCCGGGCCCCCCUCCCCCUUCCGGAUCCCAGAGUUGAGCGGGGAAGAAAGCGUUUCAUCUGCGAACCCGAGACUCGCGAUGGAGCUGGGCCUCGAUCUGGAGCUAUCCAACUCGAC